UGAGGGAGAAUCCAAUUUAGAAAAACACCCUCGAGGAAGAGCGGAGAAAAACAAAAAAGAGGAAAUUUUGCAAGGGAUGCUCGGAAAAAGCUAAGCUAGGGCCAUGAGAUGCAGGAGACUUCACACGCUCUACAGGCGUGCGGGCUGUGGGAAGAUUUAUGAGUUAUUGUCUUAAAAGGAGCUCCUUACUUAAGCCAGAAGCGUGAUAGCUAGUUAGGGUCUAAUCUAGCUAGAGCUGCUUUGAUGGGGGGAGAGAGUUUUAUUUUUAGCCAGAGAAGUAAUUAAAGCAGGCACUGAAUCUGAAAACAUCUCAGGGAUCUGGCACAGAAGGGCAAAAAGUGCAUCUUAGGCAUUCCUGUGAACCGCAAAAGAAGCAGUGAAUGUGUCAGAGAAGGGCGGAAAGAGAGCAGGCUCGGAGUUUAUCUAGUAACAGCAAAACUGAACAUCGAAGUUACAGAGCGCCUGCCCACUAACAAAACCACGUCUCUGCAGACUGAGCAGCUGGGAUGGCUGAAGAAGACCUAAAUGGCACCGGCACCCCCUUCUCUCUUUCUUUUUCAGGCAGUGGUUUUCUUGCACUUUACCAGAUAGGGGUGGUCCAGUCGCUCUUGGAAUUGGCACCUGAGAUACUAAAAUCAGCAUCCAAAGUUUAUGGAGCAUCAGCUGGGUCACUUAUAGCUGCAGCAGUGGUGUGUGAAUCUAGCCUAGAGGACCUAAAAGAAUCUUUCCAUGAAGCAGUGAGAGACGCCAGGAAAACGAUUCUCGGCCCUCUGUCUCCCGGGUGCAACACGCUCCGCACCAUACAGAAGGGAUUGUACAAGACGUUGCCAGAGAACUCUCACCAGGUGGCUUCGGGGAGGCUGCACAUUUCCCUUACCCGGGUGACGGAUGGACAGAAUGUCAUGGUUUCCGAGUUCAGUUCGAAGGAGGAUCUGAUUCAGGCACUGAUCUGCAGCUGCUUUGUUCCUAUCUAUUGCGGUUUCAUCCCUCCCUCCUUCCGAGGUGUGCGCUACGUCGACGGAGGUUUCACUAACCUGCAACCAUGUUCUGACCUGGAGGCCGUGAUCACGGUGUCCCCAUUCACGGGCGAGCUGGACAUCUGUCCCCGGGACUGCCCGGCUAUCUUCUACUCUUUUCAGAUCUUUAACAGCAGCAUUCAGAUCUCAGUGGAAAACCUGUGCAGGAUUAGCUAUGCUCUCUUUCCACCUAGCUACCUGGUCCUGAAUGAGUUUUUUUCUCGAGGGUAUCAGGAUGCUGUCCUUUUCUUACACAGGAACAAUGCCUUUGGUAUAAAUUAUCCCGCCAACACGGUGACCUUCCGGUUUGCCAGUUUGCUCAGUAAAAAUGACUUGUCUCGAGCUAAUGAGGAGUCCUCAUGCCGGAACCCAGACACAGGAGGGCUGGAAUCCAACGGGCCAGCUCCCAGGGACCUGCCCCCGAAGCAGGCUGCUGCGGUGAGCGGGACACUCAAUGGAACAGACCAGAAAAUACAGCCGCAGCUGCCCCCGUGCCAGCACAAAGCUGCCCAGGAGAGGCGGAAGGCAUCUGGAUUGCUGGACUCGGUGGCUGAGAUAAUAUCACAGUGUCUUAUGUCAUAUAAGCUUCCUACAAAGAUGAUGUUUUCUCUUAGUAAGAGGAUAGAACAGCUCUGGGCCUUGUUGGACGAGAUGUGCUGGAUGGCACAACAGUUCAAAAGGACCGGGCGUUUGGUCAGAAACACUGCUGCUGGUUUGUCAAAUGGAGUGGUGUCAGAGAGGAGGCUGUCAUCACUGGGCAUGCUGCAGUAUUAACGCUCGGGUGACUCUGCAACUGUGCUGCUGAUUGAAUGGCUUAAGCAGCGAUGGCUGAAAUUAGGACUCAGUUCACACAGUCACUAUUGCCUCUCUGAGGACAUGUUCUUUAAGGCAGAGGGGGCAAGCUUAAUUUCUAAUGCUACCAAGAGCUUACCCCUUCUAUGAGAAGUAUUCAAGAAAAGGUUGUCACACUCAGCCUGUCCCGGUGCACCACUUUCCAAGGAGAGAUAUGUUCUGGUGAGAUGGAAAUCAAUGCAUCUUUAUAAUUAUUAAAUGGCAAAAAAUGUCAUUGACACAGA